UUUCCAUUUACGAUCGGUAACCCGUCCAAAAUGUUUUGCAGUGCCUGAGAGAGGCAUCGCAUGGUUUCACUAUAAAUACCUGGCAGUGACAAUGGAAAAUCUGUAGCGCCCAUAACUGGGACACAAGUCGGAUCUCGCGAGGUUAUUAGAAUCGAUCCAUUUUCUUUGCGAUUCAACAUCUCUUUUCAGCUUCGCCAUGGGAGACUUCAACAACGAUCCUCUCAUGCGCAACCAAAACGCCGCUGUUCAGGCCCGUACCAAAGCCCAGAACCGCGCCAACGUCCUUCAGCUCAAGCUGAUUGGACAGAGUCACCCUACUGGUCUCACAGCGAACCUGUUGAAGCUCUUUGAGCCUAGGCCUCCCUUGGAAUAUAAACCUCCUCCCGAGAAAAGAAAGUGUCCACCGCUUACAGGGAUGGCGCAGUUCGUGAGUAAGUUUGCUGAGCCUGGUGAUCCUGAAUAUGCUCCUCCUGUGCCAGUGACUGAGACUCCUGCACAAAGAAGAGCAAGAAUACACAAGUUAAGACUAGAGAAGGGAGCAGAAAAGGCUGCUGAGGAGCUUGAGAAAUGUGAUGAUCCACACAACGACCCAAAUAUGUCAGGAGAUCCAUACAAGACAUUGUUUGUGGCAAGACUCAGUUAUGAGACCACUGAAAGCAGAAUCAAAAGGGAGUUUGAGUCAUAUGGUGCAAUCAAACGGGUUCGAUUGGUUACUGACACUGUAUCAAAUAAGCCCAAGGGUUAUGCAUUCAUUGAGUAUUUGCACACGAGAGACAUGAAAGCUGCUUAUAAACAAGCUGAUGGUAGGAAAAUUGAAGGUAAAAGGGUGCUUGUGGAUGUUGAACGUGGGAGGACUGUUCCAAAUUGGCGCCCUCGCAGACUAGGUGGUGGGCUUGGAACUACUAGAGUUGGGGGUGAAGAAGUUAAUCAGCGUCAUUCUGGGAGGGAGCAACAGCAGUCAGGACCUUCUCGUUCUGAAGAACCUAGAGUGCGGGAGGAUCGGCAUGGUGAUCGGGACAGAGAAAAGUCACGGGAAAGAGGCAAAGAAAGAGAUAGAGAACGGGAGAGGUCACGUGAACGCUCUAGCGAUAGGGCCAGGGACCGUGAUUAUAGAGAUGAUAGGCACUACAGAGACCGGGAUAGGAAUAGGGACAGAGACAGGGAAAGGGAAAGAGAGAGAGAUCGUGGACGUGAUCGAGAUAGAACACGCGACCGUGAUCGUGGCCGAGAGCGCGACCGUGAUCGUGAUCGAGAGAGGGAUCGUGACCGGGACCGAGAACAUGAUCGUUAUCGGGAGAGAGAUAGGGAUUAUGAAAUUGGGGAAACUGAUCGAGGACGCUCGCAUGAUAGGGAGACUGAUUAUGAUCAUGUGGAAUCUAAACAUGAGAAGGAACGGCAUGGUGAAAGAGAGCGUGACUAUGACCCUGAGGAUGAUCGUGGGUGGUACAACCAACAUGGGCAUGGACAUAAUAAGUAUGGAGAUCCCGACCAUGAUCCUGAUCAUUAUGAUCACUAUGAGCAUCACCGAGGAAGGGGGCAGUAUGAUGAUGGAGAUGACCAUGGUGAACAUUACAAUCAAUAUCCUGAUCGUGAUAGGAUGGAAGAUGACUACCACACUGAAAGGGCAACAUCUGAAUCUCGUGACAGGGAGAAAAAUCAGGAUAUGGACCGUGAAUAUCGUUGCUCAGAGAGGUCUCAUUCCAGGGAAUAUGAUUACUAGGAAUGAGCACAAUAUUUCUCCACUUUACUGGUAAGAUUCAUGGUAUAAAUUUCAGUAUCCUAUUUGGUUAUGGUUAAUUUUUGUCAGUCAGGCUAUAAAUUAUGGAUUGGUUCUUAGUAGCUAUUGAUGGAUUCAGGCAUGGAGUGAUCAAGGCACAACAAAAGAACUCAGCUGCUGCUAUUCAUAUCUGUUGAUUUUCAUGUUUGAUGUUGAAAGCCUUACUGAUGUAGCUUGGGUGUUUUCAGUUGUUUCUCAAUAUGGACAUGCACUUCUAAUAUUUUGGUAAUUGUUGGUUUUGUUUUCUCGAGACAUUUUAAGAAACUUUUUUUUUUUCCAGUUGUGGGAUCAAUUUUCUGGAUUUAAAGGUAUCUUUGUUCUGUUGAUAUGCAUGAAACUAGUUUGAGUAUUUGCUUACAUUACAAAGUCAGCUGACUAUAGAUACCUUGCUUUCAUUAGAUGUUGAAUGAUGAGGGGUUUGUUUUCCGGUUAAUAUAUUACAUGGACUGUUUAUUUGAAUUUAACUCGAAAAGGUGAGAGCCAAAUAAUAGGCGAAGUUGCAUAUUCAAAUGAUCAAGAUUUUACUUUAGGUUUCCUGCCUUUGCGAGGUGCCAAUUUUUGGUUUUGCAUGGUUUAGUGAUUUUGUCAAUUUUAGUAGACAUUUUUUGGGAGAUGGAUAUCCGAUAUGAUGAGGUUUUUGAUUAUUCAUCUGAAAUCUGCUGUAUACAAAGAGGGAAGAAAUAUUGAAGGAAAAUUUUUGGCAUUGAUUCAAACGUUUGUCGGACUCUUUCAUAAUAAAACUGAAGUAUAUUGCAAUUUUAACCUAGAGUCUGGGUAGCCCUUGAGAAAAGCGUGGUUUGAGGGGAUUGUGCAUUGCUAGUUUUAGAUCAGUUUGUUUUUUUAUUCCCCGACAAUACCAUGUGUUCAGUUGUGCACCACUUUGGCGGGCUAAAGUUUUGAGAACUUAUGCACCAAAACACAUCUAGUUAUAUUAUUGGCAUAAAUACGCUUUUUUUUUUUUUUUAUUUCUGCAGCAUUUGUUUUAUUUAUAACUACAACAGUUUCACUUCAUUAUCUUGCCGAUUGGAGGUUGAUGGUCCAUGGACAAGGUAUUUUAAAAUGCAAAUAGGCCUAACCAUUCUAACUUAAGCCUCGCUUCUCUCAAUAGUUGGUCCUUCCCUCUUAACAAAGAUUGUUUUGGGAUAUUUUCUUAUAGUCGUUUGUUUUGCAGUAACCGUAAGGAUUCCAAAUAUAAUAAUUGUUAAAGCGCUACAGGAACUUGACAUUGGAUAUUUCGUCUUGCAACUUGCAAGAUAGAUGAAAUUCUGAUGAAAGAGGAGGCCUGUAUGGAAAGAUGAGCGCUCCCGUCUGCCCCCAAUGCCACCUGAAACAAUGGAGAGAAAAAGAUGAGUGGUACUGCGAGUCCGUUAUACGAUAAAUGAAAAGCGAUAAACGAAAAGCCAAAAGCGUAUGAAAUUACCGUGAAGCUUCAUAGUUUGCUGUGACGUUAGAUUAGAAAGGACGCAUAGUUAUCUCUAUGAAUGAACGCUUGAACGUUAAGUUAGGCACUUCAUUGUUUAAUGCUUCUUUCAUGAAGCUUCCUAGGACCCUUUUGGCUUGUUCCUUGCUCUGGAUCCUAAAAGUGCUGCGUUGUUGUAAGUUGUCCUCUUUCGCAACUGGUGAGUCUGACUCUGGUUCCAUUAUUGCCAAAUAUGUACCUUUUAAACCACCGUUAAAAACAUUUUCACUCUAAUUCACUUUUCUUGGAUUUGUUUGAUGAAAAGAAAACUGUAUACUAUUGGUAGAAAAAGGGUGCAGCGGUAACAGCUGGAGUGACUAUAAUUGAUGAACAGUUACAUCCCUCGCUCACCACUGUUCCAACACGGUACUUGUAAUAUGAGAUCCAGCCUAUAAUUCAUAUGUAUAAUAAAGUAAAAAAACAAUGCUAUAAUGAUAAUCAUAAUUAGUGUAUAUGAGUAACGUGUGUAAACAAUCAAAAUUGGGUUAAGGGUGUGACAUUUGAACAAAUAAAAUGAGUUUAUAUGUUCAAAUUUCAAUGUCGCUUCUCCCUCGAUCAUAGUCAAAGGUCUGGGGCCUUCAAAUGAACCAAAAGUGUAGCCCUUCGGAUACCACAUUAAACAAAGAAAAAAGUUAAAGAAAAGGAAAAAAAAAAAAGGGAGGAAACUGACCACAAUUUGCAUUUGUCAAAAUCAAUAUUGUUAGAGAAAUGUUAGCAAUAUAUUUUUUUGAUCAAAUUCUUUAAUAAAUUUUAUGUGAUUAAUUUAUUGAAGUCAAAAUACUUAUUUUUUUAAAUUCAUUACUUUAAAAAUUAAUUUCAUUUUUAAAAAUUAACUAACAAUAAAAAUAUGCAUUAAAAAAAAUAGGUUAACAUUCCUUUACAUAAUGCAUUCCAAUAACUGCCUGUUUAAUGCGAGUACGUACGAAUUAGUAAAUUACCGUGAGGAGAAUCUUUUAGAAUCGAUCAUAUAACAAACUGCGGGUUGAAAAACAGGAAUGAAGCAAUGAGAUGGGAAAA